UAGAUUGUGAUGUUCCUGUAGUCCAAUUGAAUAUGUAUUUCGAGACAGAGCAAUACUUCCAGCAUGCCAAUGAAUCUGUGCAAUGUUUCUCUCAACCUCCAGCCGAGCCCACCCAACAUCACGGCGAUGCUCCAGAUAGCUAAAGGCGAUAAUCUGUACGCGCUUAUUGAAGACGCAAGGACAACCCUCAAAGGCGCGCCAGCGACAGGGAAAGACCGUAUGGCUAAUGAAAUGUUGAAAGCAAUCUACCAGAACGGUCGGAGCUCCGAACGGCUGUUCGAAGGAAUCCGCUGCAUGAUUGAGUUGGGCAUUGAAUUCCGCUUCUACCAUCUGAACGGCAUCGCAAUGUUCAUCAAACACAACGACCGCAAAGCGCGGCCCGACCACGACUUCAUCCCGAACCUAAUCGCGGUGAUGAAGGAGGCGCCUCCGACCGAGCUUGUCGACAAAAAGAUAGCUAACUGGCAAUUGACUCACAAACGUGCUCUAAGCCGAGAUAGAGCUGAAAAUGAAGCUAUCCGUAAAGCGAACGCGUUAGCUGAGGCUAAUAUGAAAGCGAGGGAUCGGUUUGUUGAAAAGACAGCGCGGGUUAGUACUAGCGUGUUACCGGAUGCUUCUGCGAGCGAAGGCCAGGAUAGUCGUGCAGGGGUGAGCGAGGGGGUCGAAGGUACCACGAGGCCCAAACGAUCAAGGGAGGUUAAGGUUAUCCAUUGGGAGAUAUAAAUAUAGUAAUUUUUUUUGUUUAGUUCAAUAUACAGACCGGGGUAGAAUUAGUACUAGAGUAGUGCUGGAGCUUUUUAGUGCGAGGGUCACGAUAGUGGUGAGGCUGAGGUGUGCAUGAGGGGUUAUGGUACCAAGCUAGCCGAGACAUGAAAGUAGGCGAAGGUCGUACGUGAAGAAAAAUAAAAGAUCAUAAAAGCUCGAC